AUGGCCUCAACUUUGACUGAUGGAAACACACAUAUCAUCCAACUCCCUACGACACCCACAAGUUCGGAUGCUGUCGACCCCCAAGCUAUUGUCCAGCAAUGGUUCAAUGGCCUGGAGACCCAGCUUUCGCAUCUUGGCUCGAUUGAUCUGGUGGGACUGUUUCACGCCGAGUCAUGGUGGCGCGAUAUGCUUGCCCUAGACUGGGAUAUGCGCACCGUCCAUACGGCUGCUGAGAUCCAGGACUUCCUGCGAAAAUACCAGGGCCAGGCCUCGUUAUCCAGCUUCAAGAUUCAAAACCAAGGCAAGUGGAAGCCUAAGGUCGAGCAGGUUGUUGAUGGACUCUCUUGGAUAUCAAGCAUGUUUUUCUUCCGGACGGCUGUUGGAAACGGGUCUGGCAUGGUUCGAUUAACGCAGGGUGUCGAUGGAGGCUGGAGAGCUUAUGCAGUGUACACGUCGCUGCAAGAGAUGACAGGUGCGGAGGAGCCGGUAGGUAAGCGAAGGACAGAAGGAACCACUGAAUCUAUGCCUGGAGGCUUGGCUGGUGGGACGUGGAUUGAGCGGAGGAAAAGGCAAAAAGAAUUUUGGGAUUCAGAGCCCACGGUUUUGGUUGUUGGAGCUGGCCAGGCUGGACUGAAUAUGGGUGCUCGUCUGCAGAAUCUUGGACUUUCUUGUUUAAUUAUUGAUAAACAUGAGCGUGUUGGUGAUAACUGGCGUAAGCGGUACCGAGUAAGCAAACCCCGAGCUCUGGUGUUCAGACAUUCGUUGAUGAUCUCUAUCUUGCAGACUCUGGUUACUCAUGACCCUGCAGAAUUCACCCACAUGGCAUACCUUCCUUUCCCUCAGAACUGGCCUCAGUUCACACCAAAGGACAAGCUUGGGGACUGGUUCGAGGCAUAUGCAAGCAUCAUGGAAUUGAAUGUUUGGGUUCAAACAUCUGUGGCAUCUGCCGAGUAUAACGACGCCACCGCCGACUGGAAGGUAGCUGUCACUCGCGGCGAUGGAUCUUCACGCAUAUUGCGUCCACGCCAUGUCGUCUGGUGCACGGGACAUUCAGGCGAGUCGCUCAUUCCAAAUUUUCCAAACCAAGAAUCCUUCCAAGGAAAUAUAUACCAUGGCAGCCGACACACUGAUGCAUCUGACUCAGACGUGACAGGGAAGAAGGUUGUUGUUGUUGGCACUGGCAAUAGCGGGCACGAUAUUGCACAGAACUACUACGAAAAUGGCGCCAGCGUGACCAUGCUACAGCGGAGCGGAACAUAUGUCAUAACUGCCGAUAAGGGCGUAUUCAUGAUGCACGAGGGCAUGCACGAGGAUGGCGGGUUCGUUCUCCUCUCUUCAGCACUAAUUUCUUUGCGUGGAAUAUUUAUUGACAUCGAGCUUGACAGUCCUCCAACCGAAGAAUGCGAUAUCGUUUCCGAGAGCCUCCCAUUCCCCGUCCAAUUCGCCCUAAGCGUGCACGCAACGAAGCGCUUCGCAGCAGCCGAAAAGGAAACACUGGAUGGUCUUCGCCGAGCAGGCUUUCAGCUCGACUUCGGUGUGGAUGGCGCCGGUAUCGCGCGCGCAUAUAUGACCCGCGGCGGUGGCUACUACAUCGACGUUGGCUGUAGCAAACUUAUUAUCGAUGGCAAGAUCAAAGUCAAGCACAGUCCUCGUGGAAUUACUGGCUUUGGACCUCGUGAGCUAUACCUGGAGGAUGGUAGUACCCUACCAGCUGACAUUGUUGUCUUGGCUACUGGUUACGAUAACAUGCGCACCACUGUUCGGAACGUGUUGGGUGAUAAGAUUGCGGACCGUUGCCAGGAUGUUUGGGACUUGGAUAACGAGGGCGAGCUUCGUGGGAUGUGGCGACCCAGUGGUCACCCUGGGUUCUGGUUCUUUGGCGGUAACCUUGCUUUAUGCCGUGUUUAUUCUAAAUUCCUGGCUUUGCAAAUCAAGGCCGUUGAGACUGGACUUUCUACCGGCAAACGUCAGGAGUAG